GCGCCGAGGGGCGGGGCCCGUCGGCAGUUGCUGGCGAGCCCGGGAGGCCGAGAAAGGCUGUCGUUGCCUCGGCCGUCGCAUCCCCGAGGGAGUCGUGUUCGCGUGCCCCCGACCCCCAAGCUCGCCGAUCGCCCCCGAGGCUCCUGUGUACGCACCUGACCUCGCCAGCUGCUCGCCGCUCGCCUGCGGACCGUGCCUUCUGCAUCAUGUGCGGUAUAUUUGCUUACUUAAACUACCAUGUUCCUCGCACAAGACGAGAAAUCUUGGAGACGCUAAUCAAAGGCCUUCAGAGACUGGAGUACAGAGGAUAUGAUUCUGCUGGUGUGGGAGUUGAUGGAGGCAAUGACAAGGAUUGGGAAGCCAAUGCCUGCAAGAUCCAGCUCAUUAAGAAGAAAGGGAAAGUUAAGGCACUGGAUGAAGAAGUUCACAAGCAACAGGAUAUGGAUUUGGAUAUAGAAUUUGAUGUACACCUUGGAAUAGCUCAUACCCGUUGGGCAACACAUGGAGAACCCAAUCCUGUCAAUAGCCAUCCCCAGCGCUCUGAUAAAAAUAAUGAAUUUAUUGUUAUUCACAAUGGAAUUAUCACCAACUACAAAGACUUGAAAAAGUUUUUGGAAAGCAAAGGCUAUGAUUUUGAAUCUGAAACAGACACAGAGACAAUUGCCAAGCUUGUUAAGUACAUGUAUGACAACCGGGAAAGUCAAGAUAUCAGUUUUACUACGUUGGUGGAGAGAGUUAUCCAACAAUUGGAAGGUGCUUUUGCACUGGUAUUUAAGAGUGUUCAUUUUCCUGGCCAAGCAGUUGGCACAAGACGAGGUAGCCCUCUCUUGAUUGGUGUACGAAGUGAACAUAAACUCUCUACUGAUCACAUUCCGAUUCUCUACAGAACAGCUAGGACUCAGAUUGGAUCAAAAUUCUCACGGUGGGGAUCACAGGGAGAAAGAGGGAAGGACAAGAAAGGAAGCUGUAAUCUCUCUCGUGUGGACAGCACAACUUGCCUUUUCCCUGUUGAAGAAAAAGCAGUGGAAUAUUACUUUGCAUCUGAUGCAAGUGCUGUCAUAGAACAUACCAAUCGCGUCAUCUUUCUUGAAGAUGAUGAUGUUGCAGCGGUGGUGGACGGCCGUCUUUCUAUCCAUCGAAUUAAACGAACUGCAGGAGAUCACCCUGGACGAGCUGUGCAAACCCUCCAGAUGGAACUCCAGCAGAUCAUGAAGGGCAACUUCAGUUCAUUUAUGCAGAAGGAAAUUUUUGAGCAGCCAGAGUCCGUCGUAAACACGAUGAGAGGAAGAGUCAACUUUGACGACUAUACUGUGAAUUUGGGCGGUUUGAAGGAUCACAUUAAGGAGAUCCAGAGGUGUCGGCGUUUGAUUCUUAUUGCUUGUGGGACAAGUUAUCAUGCUGGUGUAGCAACACGUCAAGUUCUCGAAGAGCUGACUGAGUUGCCCGUUAUGGUGGAGCUUGCCAGUGAUUUCCUGGAUAGAAACACACCAGUUUUUCGAGAUGAUGUUUGCUUUUUCAUUAGUCAGUCAGGUGAGACAGCAGACACCCUGAUGGGUCUUCGGUACUGUAAGGAGAGAGGAGCUUUAACUGUGGGGAUCACAAACACGGUGGGCAGUUCCAUAUCAAGGGAGACAGACUGUGGAGUUCACAUUAAUGCCGGGCCCGAGAUUGGCGUGGCCAGCACAAAAGCUUACACCAGCCAGUUUGUGUCCCUUGUGAUGUUUGCCCUCAUGAUGUGUGAUGACAGGAUCUCCAUGCAAGAGAGACGCAAAGAGAUCAUGCUUGGAUUGAAGCGGCUGCCUGAUUUGAUCAAGGAAGUAUUGAGCAUGGAUGAUGAAAUUCAGAAACUGGCAACGGAACUUUAUCAUCAGAAGUCAGUCUUGAUAAUGGGACGUGGCUAUCAUUAUGCUACUUGUCUUGAAGGGGCACUAAAAAUCAAAGAAAUCACUUAUAUGCACUCUGAAGGCAUCCUUGCUGGUGAAUUGAAACAUGGCCCUUUGGCUUUGGUGGAUAAGUUGAUGCCUGUCAUCAUGAUUAUCAUGAGAGAUCACACUUACGCCAAGUGUCAGAAUGCUCUUCAGCAGGUGGUUGCUAGGCAGGGACGCCCAGUGGUGAUAUGUGAUAAGGAAGAUACCGAGACCAUUAAGAACACAAACAGAACAAUCAAGGUGCCCCACUCCGUGGACUGCUUGCAGGGCAUUCUCAGUGUGAUCCCCUUACAGUUGCUGGCUUUCCACCUUGCUGUGCUGAGAGGCUAUGAUGUUGAUUUCCCCCGGAACCUUGCCAAAUCUGUAACUGUAGAAUAAGGAGCAUCUGCAACUCUGGGCGAUUGAGCAACACAAGACACCUUUUGUAUUUAACACCUUGAUUUAAAAUAGCACCCCUUGAAGCCUUUUUUAGUAAAUCCUUAUUUAUAUAUCGGUUAUAAUUACUCCACUCAAUUUGUGAUUUUUGUGAAAUUACCUCAUAUUUUUCCAGUAAUUUGUGGGGGAGUUUAAAUAAUGGAAUUUAUAUUGGAAUUGUUAUCACAAAGAGAUUUAGCUCUCAUUUUCUUUAAAGGAUGCUGGAUGUUGGAUUUCUGGGUCCUCCACUUCAGCCUGGGAGGACUGUGUGUUUUUAGAAUAAUUGGCCUUUGUUUUACCGAGCUUCUAUUCAUUCAGCUCAAAGAAAGUGUAGUACAUUUAGUUGGAUAUCUGAAGCCAGCAACAAUGUAUGCUAAUACUUGGACAUUUAAUUAAGGUCUUGCUAAGUUUACGUGUAAAGAGAAGAUGCUGUGAUUUGUUUUGAAGUUUGUUUGUGUUUUGGUUUUAAAUCAAACUGUAGAACUUAAAAAGUGAAAGCUUUUCUUGGUGGAAUUUCUUGGUGGGAUUUCUAUGUAAGUUACAUUAACCUAAGUCUCUCAGACCUGUUGCUUGUUAGGUGGAAGUUGAGUUCACUUAGGAAGCUAGAGUGUGUAGUGCAUUGGUUUUUCUCCAGUUCUUAACAGCAAGUUAUUUGCACAAUCUCAUAGCACAAACUUUUAAAUUUGAGCUGCUUUAGACAACUGACAACAUGGUUUUCAGUGUGAAGAUGGGGGACAUACAGAUGGGGUGUCCUACUCCUGGUUUUUCCAUUUUCUAAAACUGGUUUCUGUUUUCUAAUAUCUGUAGUUUUUUGUUUUGUUUUGUUUAAUGACUGCUGAAUGACUUAGUUUACCUUAUUCUUUGAAAUUACCACACAAAGUUGUUACCAAAUGUCUGGGAUUAAAUCAGUAUUGAUAUAUGUAGAUUUCUCUUUAAUUUUGCCCUGAGGAAAAUUGUCUUGUAGUGAAUUUUAGCUUUUUACUGCCUUGUUGCAUAAACUAGUACCUUUGCGCCAGGUGGAAGUUCUCUGUAGUUUGGAAGAUUUGCAAGUUUUUUGACUAAUCACUUGACUCUAAGUGUGUAUGCUGGGCUAGGCUUCGAGAAAGCCGUAUGCUUUACACUGAGACUAGUGAAGGAUUGCAUCAAAUAUAAUGUUACUUCCUAGGUAUUUUUCUCUAUUAUCUGUGUUUUACUCCUGAAAUAUAUUUAGGAACGAAGAAGAUAUGAAUAAAUAAAGUGAAAUCGA